AUGGGAAGAUGUUAAUAUAUAUUUGGAAUACAAGAAGGCUGUAAUGACCGUGCCGAAAAUUACAAAAGCACGAAGAAAUAAUCCGAGAAUUCAUGCUACAAUUCCUGAAGUUAUAAUGAGGAGUCCAAGUAUACCUGUCAACCUAAGGGAAUAUGAUAAAGGUCUUCAUAUAGCAGGUCCAUCUACGUUUCAGGUUACUUCUGAGAACUUUCUACAUGCAGAAUGUACAAAACAAUUCAAUAAAGAAAAUUUAAGCAUCGAGAAACAAGCUCAUUGUAAGGCCAGAUCCAUGGUGGUCCAUCUUCAUACUGAUGAAGGAGAGGUAAAACCCAGUGCAGUUUUAACAAAAUAUUGUUCAGGAUCGUGUAAAAUGGGACGAGUAUGCAAAGCAACACAAACAGCAAAUAAGACAAUAUCAGUUCAAAUACUGUGGUACUCGGGCAAAGAGUCAAUGUGCAGAACAGUUCUUAUACCCGAAGACAGAAAAUGUAAAUGCGUGUGUUCGCAGAAUAAGUCCAGUUGUACUGCACAACAAAAGUUCAAUAAGAAAAUUUGUCAGUGUGAAUGUCAAAAUCAGAAUGAACGUCUACAUUGUGAAAAGAAAGCUAACAAGACGGGUCUUCAUGAAUGGGAUGAUCAAACUUGCAGUUGCGUCUGUCGGGAAGAGAAGCCAUGCUCAACCGGCACUUCUUGGGACAAAAAGAUAUGCGCGUGUUCUAAGCGUGGGUCAUAAAAAAUCCGAAACUCCAAAAGAACAUUUACAACAAAGCAACUGUAACUUAUUACCAAAGAAAGAAAAGUUAUUUCUUAUAAGCAAAUGUUACUACUAAAUAAAGUAUUCAUGCGUAUUUUGUUAUGUAUAAAUGUAUUCCCAUGUAACACUUUUUUAUAUUUUGUUAUUAAAUAAAUGUGCUUUU